UGUCAGUCGCUCUAGUAUCAAGUGCUCAUAAACCUAGUCCAGCAAAGGGAUUUCUGCUCCGAACGCAUGAACGACUAGAUUCGUACCACAAGCCAAAGAUCCUAAUACCCACAUUCGUCCAACUCUUUUUAGAUCAUUAGUCAAAACACAAGAGAGAGUUUUAUUAUUUAGUGGAGAACGUUUCACCAGCCCUUGAGGAACCAAGACAUGGAAAAGUAAUCAUCCGGACUGGUUUGAAAGCAUCUUAUUCUAAGAAAUGGAUCGGCAUCUUUCCAAAAAUGAGCGAAAAAAUAUGGAUGCUUGCUUGAGGCGAUUGAAGCAAGAACUGUUGUCCAUGCGUGAGGCUGGAGAUGGCCUCCAUGCUCAGAUGAACUCCAUGAUGGGGGCGUUACAGGAGCUCAAACUCCUCCAGGUGCAGACCGCCCUUGAGCGCCUGGAGAUCUCCGGCAGACCCCCGGUCAGACCGACCCCUGCUGCCGCUGUCGCUGCCGAAACAUCUGCCCCACCACUCGCACCCGAACCUCAGGCCCAGCCCUGCCACCCAGACCCCCAGGAGGACCCCAGCCCUCCCGCACUGCGCCCUCCGCCACAGGAGCAUCCGUGGCGGGCUGGCCAUCGCAGCAGCCUGGGGACCUCGCCGUCCUCCUCCAGCCUGGAGAGCGAGGGGCUCCCUGCGUGGAGGGUGUCUGGCUACACUGCCCCCCAGGUGGAUUACUGCGGCCCGCGCUUGGGCUACCUGCCCUCCGAGUGCCCACUGCCACAGUCCCAACACCACCACCACCAGCAGCAGUACGCCCCCCGGCACUCACGACCCUCGCUGGACCUGCCAGGCAUCCUCUACAGCCUGUCCCGCGAAGGCCCGUCCCUGGACAGCGAGUACUCGCAGGACAGCAUGGACGAGUCCAGCGACUGGACGUCAUCUCUGAUGAGCCGCUCGCGCAACCGCCAGCCGCUGGUGCUCGGCGAUAACGUCUUCGCCGACCUCGUGGGCAACUGGCUGGACCUGCCCGAGCUGGAGAGUGAGGAGGCCGGGGAGGAGGACUUGAGGAGGAGGAGGGGGGAGAGGCCAGACUCGCCGGCGCACCCUCUGCGCCUGAGCCGUUCGCAGGAGAUCUGCCGGCGCUUCUCGCUCACCACCAACAUCUUCAAGAAGUUCCUGCGCAGCGUGCGGCCCGACCGCGACAAGCUGCUCAAGGAGAAGCCCGGCUGGAUGCUGCCCACCGCCGACGCGCCCGACGCCGAGCUCCUCAAGCGGCCCCGCAAGGCGGCCAAGCCCAAGGCCAGCUUCUACCUGCCCUUCUGGGCCUCCUCGACGCAGGGCAAGGGCCGACCGGCCGCCCCCACCGCAGAAGACCAGGGCCUCCGGGAGCCCCCGCACUCAGGCAUCUUCAUAGACAGGAGACAGGCCGAGUGCCUGGACAAGCCCCUCCAGUCUCAGGCUCCUUACCCCAGAGUCUACCUGGACAGCAGGCAGCCUGAGGCUGUGGAGAGGCUCCAGCCUCUGUUUGACCACAACACAGCCGUGUGGGUGUAGCAUAGUGGAGCAUGGCCAUACAGACUUCUGGAACCUUCCUAAUGAAUGAGAGCAGGAGUUUUUUUUUUUUUUAACUCUGGACUCCACAAUUCAUGGUUGAUUAUUGGACCUGACUCAAAGCUGCUGUUAGCGAUAAUUGUUUGGAAUACCACAGCUAAACUGUCUCUGCGAAUGAACAGCUACCAUGAAACAUCUAGAUGCUAUCUGAGGCCCUGUAAUCUGAGCCUAAAGAUACACAUGGUGAAUUAACCAAUCCGGAAACUUCCAAAGAGACAGGCAUCCCUGCAGCUGGCCAUCUGUUUUGUCAUAGCACACUGGCAACAGGGGCUAGACUCCUAAUGUGGCUAAGUCUUUCAAAAAUUAGCCGGUCUAGGCUAAUGUCGCUUACAGCACCUUUGGUAAAUGCAUUGCUGACAAUCUGCCUCCAGUAGGUCUUCUUAUAGAUGAAUCCCAGUGGUUGCACUAUACUCAACGUACUCUCAGUGAAAGUGUCAAUGCUCCGGACCUUUUUUUAUAUGUGAAUGGUGCUCUUAGUACAGUAAUCUUGUCAUUCACAUUCAAAUGUCUGAUAAACCCCAGUGUCAGGUGUGUUCUUUGUAUUUCAUGGAAACACAUUUUCGUUUUGGUCUUACGUAAUGCAGCUCUAUAAGCUUUUCAAAUUGUUUCUGUAUUAGUCCAGCCACCUGCUCACCAAAAAGAACAGUUACAUUAGUAACAGGCAGACAGACUCUGUGUGUGUGUUUGUGUGUGUGAGAGAGAGAGAGAGAGAGAGAAAGAGAGCGACAGAGAGUGAGAGAGAAAACUGUUAUUUGUGCCCACAUGCUGAGAUGACCUCAGUCAUCUGUGCCCCGUCCUGAGGGGGGGGGUUAUGCCCACUCUGGUACCCUGUGCCAUCCCUCAUUGUUAAUACAGAACAGCGCCAGGCAGAGCAGGCUGCAGAGAAUUCCUUUCAGUUGGCCUGGCUCUUCCUGUGCGCAGUGUCUGCUGCUUUGUGUAUGACACAGAGGAGGAGAGCGAGAGAGAGAGGGAUGGUGCCAUCUGGAUGGCUACACUUAUGUAAGUGUUAGACUGGAACACAGAGGAGAUGAUCAGAGAGCAGCCGAGGCUGAUUUAAUCAUCUUAAAGCUCUCUGACUGACGCCUGUUUGAAAGGGUAUGCGUGUUUGUGGAACAUGGUACAUUAUGUGUAUAGGGCAGAGCACACAGGCAUGUUUUUGCAUGUGUGUGUGUGUGUGUGUGUGUGUGUGUGUGUGUGUGUGUGUGUGUGUGUGUGUGUGUGUUUGUGUGUGUAUCAGGGUUCAGAAGCGUAAACCGCUGGCUUUAGGGAUUAAAACACAAAUGCAUGACACUCGCCUUUUCAUAUGUGCAGAGUGGCAACAGUAUGCAAGCCCAUAGAGCAGCAUCCCACUUACAGCACAUCUACAGCCUGUAGCUGGACAACAGCACUUAGACCAAACAUGUUCAGAAACCAUGGCCAUGGUAAUGUGUCAGCCAAUCCAUACUCCUCUUCCACUGCUUAUGAGGUAAUUAUUGGCCAAUCCAUCUUUACGGCAGCGAAGAUCAGUGGGAGUGUCUCAAGUGUCAAUUAAAAGUUGUGUUAGCGUCAUUAUUGCGUCCAUUCUAUCUGAUGGCUUCACCUUGAGAAUAUUUUUUGAAAGAGCAGCCCUGUAUAUGUGUGUGUGUGUGUGUGUGUGUGUGUGUGUCUUUCUCAUCAGCCAGACAGCAUGUAUAGAGCAGACCCUGCUCAAUGUUGCAACACAAAAUCAGCUCCAUACUUGAGUUUAGUUGGCCUGUAAUCAUGUGUUCAGAGUAUGAUAUGGCUUUUUGUUUUGCACCAAAAGUAAAAUGUUUAGUGAAGUCAGCCUCUUACAAACCAAUAAUCCCUGUUGUGAUCCUCUGUCCUUCCAUGCGGAUUUGAUGUCAACUGAAGCAUACUGAUUUAUUACACAGGAAAGAGCAUUUGGGCUACGAUGUUGAGGAACAUAUGGUGGCUUUCCAUUCUCAAGUUAUAAUUAUAUCUGUCACAUGAAUAACUAUCAAUCAGGGAGACUUGUAUCCAAGACCACAUUAUCAAAAUAUAAUACAGCUCCAUGUCAGCUAAACUUGCUUUCCGGUACGCCAAGAUGGUUUAGAUUUGGGUCACAUCAGCUAUUUUUCAACCGCAUGGUUUCAAUCUUUUCAUCCUACUUAACCCAUUGUCUGUUUUAGAGGGGAGAUAGAUCAGCCAAACCUACAGAGACUGUUAUUCUGAGAGAGCUCUCUGAGAGGGCAUCAUUACAACUGUAAAUAAUGAAGGGGGAGAAAAAGUGAUAUUUUAUUUUGCUGUGUCUGUUGUUUUUGUCUUGUUGCCAUGAUUUUUAGCACUGGCGUCCACGACACGCCUACUGUGGGUGUAAAAGUGUCUACAAGUAUAUAUUUACACUUUUAAAUGAACAUGUUUCAAACAAAUCAACUGCUUUUGGGUGUCUGUUUGCAGUUACAUUUUCUUCUUCCACCAUAUUUACACCAAUUACUAGUCCACAAAAAACAGAAACAAAUCUGCCCUUCAAUCCAAACACCCCUAUGCACCACCACAUUCUCAUCUCGUCUCAGAUAAGAGCACAACUCAGCUUCAUCAGCUGAUCUGUUUUCACACGCCUGGACGCCAUCCGCGCCUCUGGCAGCGUGUUUGUUGGCCCUUUCGCUUGUUUUCGAGCUGCGAGGGGCAUUAAAAGCGCUUUGCACUUGACUCGUCUUGCCUAAUCUGAGGAGGCGAUAUGGGUGCAGUGUGUCAUGCCCGACUUCGCCUCCCUCCUUCUCAUCGUCCUCGCCCUGGGGCCACUCCCUGGACCGGGCCGGUCACCGAGGGCAGAUUUCACAAGAGACCUGGAAAAUGCUUUAG